AUGUCCAACAGCAGCUCCAUCACGCAGUUCAUCCUCCUGGCAUUUGCAGACACACGACAGCUGCAGCUCUUGCACUUCUGGCUUUUCCUGUGCAUCUACAUAGCCGCAUUCCUGGGCAAUGGACUCAUUAUCACAGCCAUAGCCUGUGAAGACCAUCUCCAUACCCCCAUGUACUACUUCCUCCUCAACCUCUCCCUUCUGGACUUGGGAUCCAUCUCCACCAUUUUACCCAAAUCCAUGGCCAAUUCCCUCUGGAAAACAAGAGCCAUCUCUUCCACCAUUUUACCCAAAUCCAUGGCAAAUUCCCUCUGGAAAACAAAAGCCAUCUCCUACUCAGGGUGCAUUGCCCAGGUCUUUUGUUUUCUCUUCUUGAUCGUAGGAGAGUAUUGCCUUCUCACUGUCAUGGCCUAUGAUCGCUAUGUGGCCAUCUGCAAGCCCUUGCACUACGGGAACCUCCUGGGCAGCAGCACUUCUGCCAAAAUGGCAGCAGCUGCCUGGGGCAGUGGGUUUCUCAAUGCUGUGCUUCACACUGCCAAUACAUUUUCAAUACCUCUCUGCCAAGGCAAUACUGUGGACCAGUUCUUUUGUGAAGUCCCUCAGCUUCUCAAGCUCUCCUGCUCAGACUACUACCUCAGGGAAGUUGGACUUCUUGUGGUUAGCCUUUCUGUAGCUUUAGGGUGUUUUGUUUUCAUUGUGCUGUCCUAUGUGCAGAUCUUCAGGGCGGUGCUGAGGAUGCCCUCUGAGCAGGGACGACACAAAGCCUUUUCCACGUGUCUCCCUCACCUGGCUGUGGUCUCCCUGUUUUCUAGCACUGCCAUGUUCACCUACCUGAAGCCCCCUUCGAUCUCCUCCCCAUCCAUGGAUCUGCUGGCAGCAGUCCUGUACUCAGUGGUACCUCCAGCACUGAACCCCCUCAUCUAUAGCAUGAGGAACCAGGAGCUCAAAUAUGCACUGAAGAAGCUGAUCCAGUCAGUUGUCUUUCAGCAGCAAUAA